AUGUUUCACCAACAACAACGACGACAAAACCCCAACAGGGGUCAGAAGAACGAGGAUGAUGCCUGGGCGGCCACGCCCACCACAGGAAUACUCAGCGGUAGCGCAAGUGCAUCUACCGUCAGGGAACCAGGUAGAUGCCAGCGCAUUCCAGACUGUGAGGGCCAGGACGUGCUUAUCCUGACAUAUCAGACGCUUGCAUCCCCUGAGCCCGGGGCUAAGUACCCCCGCAUAACAGGUGGCCUUGCGCUGAAUUAUAAGGUGAUGACAGAUCGUCUUGUUGUUUCUAACUUCAAAAUCAACAUUCCCAAUUCCCUCCCCUGCGGCUGCCCCUAACGCUGCACUCCACACUGACGAUUUAACAGACACGACAGAACACUGCAUACUUCAAACCGGACUACUGCACUUGUAACACUCCUUAUUCUUGUUGUAUACUCUACCUCUAUUUCACAUUUACAGGGCUAUUGCUAUGGCAUAGUUUUCAUAAAUUUCAAAUACUUGUUCAUGUAACUUCUGGAUAUGUGUGUUCGGCGUGGUGCCCGCAAUUCCGUCCAGUAUUCCGGUGGACAUGGAAAAGAACGCAGCUGUACUACCUAUGUGUGGGUGUGUUGGUCAAAAUCCUGGUUAUUUGUUGUGUGGACCAGGGGGUGUAGUGGAACGCCAAGGUGAGGAUCCGUCCGAGCCAUCCACCUGUGCCCUCCCUCGUCUCCGGUCUUCUUUACUCUGUCUUGACACCGGGCCCAGGCGGGGGAGGAAGAGAGAGUGUACGUAGAUGCAAAGCAAGUCUACUGGCAUUAUAAACCCCUGCGCAAGUCAUCGUCCCUGCUCCUACCGCUGCUGCAGCUAUGGGGCACAUGGUGGACAUCGUCGAAACUCGACGGUCGAACUGUCGUGUGUGAGUGUGUGUGUGUGUGUGUGUAUGUCAACCUGUGUAUGCAACCUGCUGGGCACCACGCCGUCUGCAGGCCAGCCAAGGCCGCAGAUGCCAUCAACACGGUCGAAACAAUCAAAAUCGAAACAAAAACGAUACCAAUAACAACAACAACAAUCUUACUCACUCUCCUCAUCCUAACUCUUCUUCCACUACCUCUGUCUAUUCUUCUGCCUAUUCUUCUCCUUCGUCGUCUUCUUCUUUACCUCCUUCCCGUCGCCCCACUCGUUUUCCCCAGACUGACAGGGUGAGCCCGCUCACUCUGGCAGCCUGGAAUGUUCGUUCCCUUUUAGACAAUCCGAGGAGCAACCGACCGGAACGGAGGACGGCGCUAGUGGCCCGGGAACUGGCGCGCUACAAGGUGGACAUCGCCGCACUCAGCGAGACCCGAUUCUCCGACCAAGGCCAACUGGAGGAGGUGGGUGCCGGCUACACCUUCUUCUGGAGUGGUCGACCCAGGGCUGAGCGACGGGACGCGGGUGUCGCCUUCGCCAUCCGAACCGACAUCGUGGGACGACUGCCCUGCUUGCCGCAGGGAAUCAACGACCGGCUGAUGAGCCUCCGCCUGCCUCUCCGACGGGGAGGCAAAUUCGCCACCAUCAUCAGUGCCUACGCUCCGCCGAUGAGCAGCCCCGACGCCACCGCGAGAGACAAGUUCUACGAGGACCUGCACGCCCUCCUGGCGACUGUGUCGAAGGCGGACAAGUUGAUUGUCCUUGGUGACUUCAACGCCCGCGUCGGCACGGACCACACUGCCUGGAGGGGAGUGCUAGGCCCCCACGGUCUCCGCGGCCUCAACGACAACGGUCUGCUGCUGCUCCGCACCUGCGCAGAACACCGCCUCAUCCUGACGAACACGUUCUUCUGUCUGCCGGAGCGAGAGAAGGCCACCUGGAGGCAUCCUCGGUCGCGUCAGUGGCACCUGCUGGACUAUGUCCUCGUCCGGAGGCGAGAUCAGCGGGAUGUGCUGGUGACGAAGGCGAUCGCGGGUGCUGACGGGUGGACCGACCAUCGCCUCGUCAUCUCGAAGAUGCGUAUUCGCCUACAGCCUCGCAGGAGACCACAAGGUAAGCGACCCCCAGGUAAGCUGAAUGUUGCUUUGUUGUCUUUGCCUGCUCACCGUCUCCAUUUCAGCAAUGAGCUAGCUCAACGGCUAGACAACCUUCCUAUCGCUGCCGCCGCCGACGACGCCGCCGCCGCCGCCGCCGCUGCCGAGAACGCCUCCGUGGAGAAUCGCUGGUGUCAACUGCGAGACACGGUCCAGUCGACGGCGCUCGCCGUCCUCGGUCGCGCUCCCCGCCAACACCAGGACUGA